UCAGGCUGCCCCCGCAUGAAGUACCUCGACAGGCCCAUGCCACCUUCCUCACGAGAUGGGUGCCUUCCCAGGAUGGACUUGCUUGAGUGCGGUGUUGCUGUUCAUCAACAUAUUGUUGCACUCCACAUCACCGAACGUGCAUUCGAUUCAUUCAACCCUAUCACUCAGUCCUAAGUCUUGGUUGCUGAACAUCUUUUGAGAAUGCAUCCCUUUCACAAAGAGGUCUCCUCAUACUUCGACGUCCCUGUUACGCGGAAGGACGCUGCAUCGACGCCCGCUCUGACGCCCGUCUCUCCAACAGCUAGUCCUGUCGAUACCCGGCGACGGCCACCUAUCGUUAUACACUCUGACUGGCAACCCGUCUCCGAAGAUGAAUCCAUACACAAAAGGAUUUACGUGCAAACCCCUGUGCAUACCGUACCGGAAGAUUCACUCAGUCUCGACCACCAGUUGGCCUUAAACCCUCCUCUGCCAGACGAUCCUGAUUAUAAGACCUCGCCAAAGGGCACCAGGAGAAAUAAGACUGAAAGCUCACCGGACACUCCCACAGGCCAUACGGUCCGUCCUCCAUCUCUGAAAUCCGACAGUACAUCUCCAGGCAGCGGCCUGGCUCCUUCGAGGGAGGGUCGCCCAAGCACGCCUCGACGCCAGAGACCAGGCCACGAAUGGUCUAGAACAAUGUCAGGCAGCAUUUGGAUACAAAAUAAGAAGUCCUCGAUGGACACAGAGGCGAGACGGCCAUCCAAUCAAACCAUGUCUACUACCGGUACACCACGCACGCCAGGAUCUGUACAACUCACCAUUCGUACAGAUCAGACUCCGUUGAGGCCGCCGAUGACGAAAAGUCAUAGCACCGUUGAAAUCUCCGAGUCAAGCUCCAUCAAGGUCGAAACUUAUUUCCCAGAACAGCCUCUGAAGGUAGCAAAGCUGGACACUCCGUCUGAGGAAACUCCGCGUGUGCAAUCAUCUCGUAACAGCUCGAUCAAUCCUAAACGCUUGUUUUCGGCCCCGUUGCUGUACAUCCGUCGAGCGAGCACGCCAAAAGAAUCCAAGCAGACUCCAGGUACUCCACCAACGUCACCCGUGUUGCCGAAGCCGAGGGCGGUUCGGCUUGGGGCUCAUCCUGACCAGCUCAAGAGGAACCAUACGGCGGAGGCCCUCCAGCACGUAUCUGCUAUUUUACAGGACACGACGAAGUCCAUUCCUCCUUCUCCGUCAAGGCUGGCACCACCUUCUCCUGGCCUUCUUCGACCACCAAUGGUACGGACUUUUUCGGAGAUACCGCCUACGUCGAAAAACAGAGGGUUGGUCCAUACUGCAGAAGGCAUUGUAUCCCAACUCUCCUUCUACCACCGGAAGAGUGUUGAGCAACUUCCGGGCGUUGAUUCAUACACAUCGAGUCAGCUUAGUCUCCGUCUGGGUCCUGAACCAGCCAACACCCCAGAAGAACGCGCCACAUACAAGGUGAAAAGAAGCCCCAGUGCAGAGACGGAAGAAUAUCUGAAGAUCGAUAUCAGUAUUCGCGGUGGGACCAGUUACCUUCCAAGUGAGGCACGUCGCAUACAUACUCCACCCCUACCCGAAGCGGGCGCAGACGGCAAAUGGCGUGGCUUCUUUUUCGACUAUAACGCACCAGCGGUGGAUGGAUCUGGCCCGUCGGCGUCUGCAUUAUCGACUGGAAGCGUAACUACAAGCAGUGGUGGAGAUGAUGGAAACAAGUCACCAUCGUUCUUCAAGGACCUUGGGAGGAGAAAGUGCAAACGGUCCGGUCGUGUUGUCAGUGGGGACUGGUACGAUGUCAAGCUGAAGCAACUCGAAGCCGAUUCAGAACCUGCAAAGAUCGAUCGAGAGUCGAAAUGUGGCGAGAAAAGGCUGAAUACUCAGAAGCUCUUCACAAAAGCACCACCAGUAAGGGCCGACUCGCAGUUUGACAUGACGAUACCGGAACAUCUACCGUCUAGUCCGCUCUGCCCAAGGCAUCCAAAAUACUGGCGUGUGGUCAAAGGCAAGGGUAGCCAGUUCCGUGGAUGUUAGAUGCAUGGCAUUGGUGUGGAUGAACGCGCUGGCAUGCCAAAGGUGGUCAGACCCAAUGUGUCUGUGGUGGACUCCUAAGCCAACAACUAGAAUAGUAUCGAUUCCUCUAUUGUUAGCCAAAAGAAGAAACAUGAUAAACCUGUGAAAUGUACAGGGCGUCCUCCCAAAUGUAAAUCGAUGUUAUUUUCGUUGAGACGAGGCUUGCCGUGAAAGUGCUCCUCGUGUUUAAUGGCUGUAUGUUAUAUGUCUUGCUCCCGACGUCCGACAGACUUCCAGUAAAGGUAGGCAGUCGUUGCCGUCAAAGUCCCCCCGGGAUGCAAUCUGCUGCUCUUAUAUCAUAGCUCUCCGAACUGUUCCUCAUAU